GACUUGUCUCUCCAGAAUGACUAUGCCCCAUUUCUAGGUCUCAAAUCACAACCAUGAAGUUGAUAUUAUGGUACUUGGUUGUGGCUCUUUGGUGCUUCUGCAAAGAUGUGGAAGCCCUACUUUACCGACAAAAAUCAGAUGGUAAAAUAGCAGCAAGCAGAUCAGGUGGCUUCUCUUACGGUAGUUCAUCCUCUGGUGACUUGGACAGAAAAAAGCCGCUCUUCAGCUUGGAAUUUGGUUCUCCAGGAGAAGCUGAAGACAAGUCCAGACAACGUCAGGAUGCUGGGAGUUCAAGGUCAGAAGACACCCCAGCAGGUGGCCUUUUUUACAGUAGUUCAUCCUCUGAUGACUCAGACAGGAAAAAGCCACUCUUUAGCUUAGGACUUGGUGCUCCAGGAAAGGCUGAAGACAAGUUCAGAGACCGUCAGGAUGCCAGAAGUUCAAAGUCAGAAGACACCCCACCAGGUGGCUUUUUUUAUGGUAGUCCAUCCUCUGGUGACUCAGACAGAAAAAAGUCACUCUUUAGCUUUGAAUUUGGUGCUACAGGAGAGGCUGAAGACAAGUCCAGAGAACGUCGGGAUGCUGGGAAUUCAAGGUCAGAAGACAGCCCAGCAGAUAGCACCAACACAAGAUCUGGUGCUGGCGUUAGUAGCAGUGGUGCUUCUCUGAAUGUGGGAUUUGGUUGGGGGAUGUCUGGUGAAAAGGGAUUGGAAGUCGGUAGAGCUGAUGGGAGUGAAACUAGAGACAGCGGAUCUGCUGGGGGUGAAACCAUAGUCUUUGGAUCUGAUGCAGGUAGCUCAGUUGGAACUGGUUAUUCUGGUUUGAAACUUGGAGCAGGGAAAGGUGACGCUGCAUUUGGUUUUGAAGUUUCUGAUUCGAAUUCAUUUGGUGACAGUGGCAUUAGUAGCAAAACAGUUGAAGGAAAUCAAAUGAGUAGUUCUGGAGGAUCUGUUUCCAUUGAUCUAGGUGAUACCAGUUUAAGAAGUGAGAAUCAAUUUGUUGGUGGUGGCUCUCGAAAUUCGAUAUCCAAUUUAUGGGAUUCUGGUCAAGAGGGAUUUGGAAUCAAUGAAAUUGGAGGGAAUGGAUUGAGUGGCAGUGUAUCUGCUGAGGCUGGAUUCAAAGGUUUUGGAUCUGAUGCCAGUAGCUCAGGUGACUCAAGUGCAAGAAAUGGGUUUGAAAAUUCUAGUGAUAUCUCUGAAGAUUCAGGAGUCAUAUUGGGGUCAUCUGAUCAACAUGGAUUUGAAGUCAGUAGAACUGGUGGGAAUAGAAAGAGAAGCAGUGAACCUGCUGAGGCUGGAAACUUGAGUCCUGGAUCUGAUGUCCGUGACUCAGGAGGAAACACUUGGUCUUCUGGUUCUGGAAGUGGUGGAGGAAGUGUCACAAACUCGUCUGAAUACAGUACCUCUGGACCACUCAAUACUCCAGAAAAAGGAUCCCACAUUCCAGAAGCAACUCCAAAAUACUCAGAAACAAAUGCAAUUAUUGGUGAAGCAUCUACCUGGAGCAAAGGAGCAUAUAAAUCUUUCAACGGCCGCAUCUUUUUGUUCGAAUCUUCAUGCCCGUACACUUUCUGCCGUCACUGCGUUGAAUCUGGAGGGGAUUUCAAUAUUGAAAUCAAACGAAACAAUGAUAGUGAGACUGAAAAAAUAACAGUUCUAAUUGACAAUAACGACAUCUCUAUUUUUGGUGACACCAUUUUAGUUAAUGGAGAAAGCAUACAGAUACCAUAUAACAAUAAGUUGAUUCACAUUAAAAAAUAUGGAGAAUAUAAUGUUCUGAAUAGCCGUAGAGGAAUCCUGACUUUAAUGUGGGACAAAAAUAACAAACUCUCACUCACUCUUCACAAGCAGUAUCCAACUUGUGGUCUUUGUGGUAACUUCAACAGCACUCCAGGGCAAGAUAUUAAUGAGCACAUUGCCAAUAGUAAAAUUCCUGGUGAUUGUCCCAAUGCUGUUGGUAAAAGCUAUGAAGUUUGUGAAGAUGGAAUACAGCACUGUAACAAAAUUAUUGGAACCUACUUUGAGAAAUGUGGAAAGGUUGCUGCUCUAGCCAAUGACUACAAAAUGAUCUGCAUUGAUGAAUACUGCCAAACUAGAGACAAAACAUCUACAUGUGACACUUACUCAGAACUGUCCCGCCUCUGUGCCUCGGAUGGUCCUGGCACCUUUGAAUCCUGGCGAAGCGAUUCCGAUGUGGUUUGUGAAACACAUAGAUGUCCAGAAGAACAACAUAUCUACAAAGAAUGUGGACCCUCCAACCCUGCAACUUGUUCUAAUGUGGCUCCUUUUCAAGACAGUGACUGUGUGAGCGGCUGCACGUGCCCAGAAGGUUAUCUGUUGGAUGAUAUUGGAGAGAAAGGAAAAUGUGUAUUAAAAGCUGAAUGUCCCUGUGAAUCCAGUGGAAACGUGUAUCAGCCAGGAGAAGUCCGAGAAGGUCCUUGUGGUUCUCAGUGCACAUGCCAAGAUGCAAAAUGGUCUUGCACUGAAGCAUUAUGCCCUGGAAGAUGUAAGGUGGAAGGAAGUUCCCUUACCACCUUUGAUGGUGUUAAGUACAACCUUCCUGGAAACUGCCACUUCCUGGCCAUUCACAAUGAAGAUUGGUCUAUUAGUGUUGAGCUCCGUCCAUGCCCAAGUGGUCAGACAGGAACAUGCUUAAAUAGCGUUACACUUCUUUUGAAUUCUUCUGUUCCAGUUGACAAAUACAUAUUCAGCAGUGAUGGAACAGUCACAAAUGACAAGAUUAGAAAUCAAGGUUAUUACUAUUCAGAUAAAAUACAGAUUUUCAACGCAUCUUCCUCAUACCUUCAAGUAGAAACAUACUUUCACGUAAAACUACAAAUACAAAUUGUUCCUGUGAUGCAAUUAUAUGUUUCUAUGCCACCCAACCAAUUCACAGACACUGUGGGACUCUGUGGUUCCUACAACAACAAAGCAGAGGAUGAUUUCAUGUCAAGUCAGAAUAUAUUGGAGAAGACAUCUCAAGCAUUUGCUAAUUCUUGGGAAAUGAUGUCCUGUCCUAAAGGAAACCCCUCUUCAUGUAUUAGUAUAGAAAAAGAACAUUCUUGUCCAAGUGGACUAGUUUUCAAGUACAAUGUAAAAGCCUGUAAUAGUUCUUGCCGAUCAUUGUCAGAGAGAGAUAGGAGCUGUGAUGUAGAAGAUGUUCCAGUUGAUGGAUGCACCUGCCCUGAUGAAAUGUACCAGAAUAAUGAAGGAAACUGUGUACUGAAAUCUCAGUGUGACUGCUACAUAAAUGACGAGGUCAUGCAACCGGGCAAACUCAUCCAUAUUGAUGACAAUAAAUGUGUCUGUCGGGAUGGAAUUCUUCUUUGCCAGAUUCCCAUUGAUUUAACCCUACAAAAUUGUUCUGGAGGGGCUGAGUAUGUAGACUGUAGGGAUCCCAAAGCACAGAGAAGAACUGACAGAACAUGCAGUACUCGAAACAUACCCGUUUUUGAUGAGAACUUGCCUUGCAAACGUGGGUGCUUUUGUCCAGAAGGAAUGGUUCGAAAUUCUAAAGGGAUAUGCAUCCUUCCUGAUGACUGUCCGUGCUCUUUUGGUGGACGAGAAUAUGAUGAAGGAAGUGUCACUUCUGUUGGCUGCAAUGAAUGUACCUGCAUUAAAGGGUCUUGGAGUUGUACCCAAAAUGAAUGUCAAACCAUCUGCCACAUCUAUGGGGAAGGUCAUGUUAGAACUUUUGAUGGGAAAAGUUACAGUUUUGACGGUCUCUGCCAGUAUUCAUUUCUUGAGGAUUAUUGUGGUCAUGAAAAUGGCACAUUUCGUAUUUUAACGGAGAGUGUUCCAUGCUGUGAAGAUGGACUAACAUGCUCAAGAAAAAUUAUAGUUUCUUUUCAGGAUCAGAAUGUUGUCUUGCAAGAUGGUAAAGUAACAGCAGUCAAAUCUACAGAAAGUAAGAAAUGUGAACUCAAUACAAAUGCAUACUCCAUACAUACUGUUGGCCUGUACUUAAUUCUGAAAUUUCAAAAUGGAAUAAUCAUGAUUUGGGACAAAAAUACAAGACUGUCUGUUAUUCUGGAUCCAAACUGGAAUGGCAAGGUGUGUGGUCUUUGUGGAAAUAACAAUGGUGAUCUCAAGGAUGAUUUCACAACAAGAUACUCUUCAGUAGCUUCUGGAGCACUGGAAUUUGGGAAUAGUUGGAAAACAAGCCAAGAGUGUUCAGAUACAGUGGCUCAGACUUUCCCAUGUGAUUCAAACCCAUACUGUAAAGCCUGGGCUGUGCGAAAAUGUGAGAUCCUCAGAGACAGCACCUUCAGAGACUGCCACAGCAAGGUUGACCCCAGUGCUUACUAUGAUGCGUGCAUUGAAGAAGCCUGCGCAUGUGACAUGGAGGGGAAGUACCUGGGAUUCUGCACUGCCGUGGCUAUGUACGCAGAGGCGUGUAGUGCAGUUGGAGUUUGUGUCUCAUGGAGAAAACCAAAUCUGUGUCCUGUCUACUGUGAUUAUUACAAUGCACCUGGGGAAUGCAGAUGGCAUUAUGAACCUUGUGGCACAGUGACUGCAAAAACAUGCAAAGAUCAGGUCAUUGGCCAGAAAUUUUCUUCACUUUUAGAAGGUUGUUAUGCUAAGUGCCCAGAUAGUGCUCCUUACCUGGAUGAGAACACCAUGAAAUGUGUCAGUUUAUCUGAGUGCAGCUGCUUCUAUAAUGAUAUCGUACCAGCAGGGGAAGUGAUUGAAGAUAAUUGUGGAAGAACAUGCUACUGUAUUGCAGGGCAGUUGGAGUGCAGUGAAACUGCUCCUACCAAUUCAACAUUUGCAGUUUCCACUACAACAGCUACUGCCAUAUUAAGCACCGGAGCAGCAAUUACGCUGGUUACCAGUAGCCCAGGCAUAGCAGCAUCCAUUCCAGCGAUUACAACAUCAAGCAGUGAAACAACAGGAACAACUCUAGGUCUUCUCACCGAGCCUUUUACUACAGGCAUUACUGAAACUUCAGUUCCCAUCAUCUCAACAUCUGGAAAUGCAGGCACGACAGGAGUAGUGAGCCCCACCGUCACUGGUGCUGCAGGCGUGGCAGGAAGAACUGGAGGAGUGGAUGCAGCCACCACUGGAGCUGCUGGUGAAAAUACAUCUGAGAGAGCAGGCACACCUAGGGUAUCUGGAGCAACCCCUGUAGUCGGAGGCGGCAGUACCCUGGGGGAAGCAGGCCCUGGAGCCACAGUUUCUGGAAGCACAGGAGUUUCUGCAGGCUCCACCACUGCCAGCCCUGAAGCCUCAGUCACAACCUCUGAAAGCAGCAAAUCAGGAACUACUGGACCCUCAGUAGGUGGAAAAACUAGAGCCACAAGCAGUGAAGCGACAUCAUCUGAAGGCGUGUCAGGUGGAACAGGACAGCCUCUUGGAUCUACCGCUGGAUCUGACAGUGAAAUCACAGCGAGAACAUCUUUCACUGGUUCCAGCUUACCUGGGAAACUCACCAGGCCAAGCCCAGGCUCACCUGGUCACUUUAGUGGUGGAACAACUGAAGGGGGAAAUGUAGCCACCACUGGAGCUGCUGGUGAAAACACUUCUGGAGCAUCGGGUUCAACAGAAGGGUCCGUGGAAGCCACCACCAGAGCAGGCAGUGGAAACACAGCUGGAACAUCAGGUACUAGGGCCACUGGUCCUGGAAACACAGCAGUCUCAGGCACACCUGUGGUAUCACCUGGAGCAACUCCUGGAGCUCCAGGUAGCAGCACCCCUGGGGAAACAGGCAUUGGGGCCACCAGUUUUGGAAAAUCAGGGACCCCGACAGUAUCUGCUGCUUCAACUACCAGUAGCCCUGUGAGUAAACACACCAAUGCAGCCUCAGCCACAGCAGUGACAAUCUCUGGAAGCAAACCAGGUACACCUGGAACACUGGGUGGUACGACUAGUGGAGGUGAAAUUACAUCUGGGCGGUCCAGCAGUGGUACCACCACAGGCUCUUCAAAUACACCAGGGGCAACUGGAUCAUCAACUGGGGAGACAGAGACAACUAGACCAUCAGCUAAAUUAACAGGGAAUUAUGGACAAUCAUCUGAAAUACCAGGGACAACUAAAUCAUCAUCUGAUGUUUCAGGGACAUUGGGGCCAUCAGAUAUAACAUCUGGACCAUCAGUUGCAGUGACAAGGACUUCUGAACAAUCGUCAGGAGUCACAGAGACAUCUGAACUAUCACUUGGAGUAUCAGGGACAACUGGGCUAUUAGCUGAAAUAUCAGGGACAACCAGACCAUUAGUUUCAGGAUUAAGGACAACUGUAUCAUUAGCUGGAGGAUCAGGGACAACUGGACCUUCAUCAAGAGAAUCAGUGACAACUAGACCAUUAGCUGAAGGUUCAGGGACAAGUGGACAAUCGUUUACAGGAUCAAGAACACCUGGAUUAUCAGCUACAGAACUAGGUACAACUAUGUCUUUUACUGGAGGAUUAGGUACAAGUAGAUCAUCUGCUAGAGAAAUAGGGACAACUGGACCAUCAGCUGAUGGGUCAGGAACAACUGGACCAUUUGUUGUGAGAUCAGGGACAACUAGAUUAUCAGCUGGAGUGACAAGAGCAACUGAAACAUCACCUGGAGUGACAGGAACAACUACACGAUCAGUUGAAGACUCCAGAACAACUGGACCAUCUGUUCUAGUGACAGGAACAACUGGACAAUCAGGCCAAGGAUCAGGGACAACUGGAAAAUCUAUUAUAGAAUCAGGACCAUCUCUUAUAGGAUCAGGGACAAAUGGACCAACAUCUGCAGGAUUAGGAACAACUGCACCAUCAGCCAGAAGAUCAGGUACCACAAGACCAUCAGUUGGAGGAACUGGGACAACUGGACAAUCAGGUGCAGAAUCAGGAACAACUGAACCAUCAGCUAGAGUGACAGAUGUAACUGGAACAUCAGCUGAAGUAUCAGGAAGAAUUGAACCAUCAGCUACAGGAUCAGGUACAAGUAGACCACUAGGUGAAACAGCAGGUACAACUGUACCAUCAGUGGAAGGAUCAGAGGCAACUGGACCAUCUGUCAUUGGAUCAGAAACAACUAGACUAUCAGUUAUAGGAUCAGGGACAACUGGAACUUCAUCUGGAGGUUCAGGUGCAACAAGAUCAUCGGGUGGAGGAAUGGGGACAACUGGACAAUCAACUGCAAGAUCAGAAACAACUGGACCACUUUUUGGAUUGACAGGAACAUUUGGACAAUCCUCUACAGUGACUGGGACAUCUUCAAAUUCAGCUGGAGUAACAACAUCUGAAAAAUCACCUGGAGUGGCAAUGACAACAGGACUAUUGGUUGAAGGGUCAGCUACAACUCGACCACCUCUUUUAGAAUCAGAGACCACUGAAUCAUCAGCUGGAGUGACAAUGACAUCUGGACAAUCAGCCAAAGUGACUGGGGCAACUGGACCAUCAGCUGGAGAGACGGGAACACGUGGACCAUCAACUGAAGGAUCAAUUGCAACUGUACCAUUUAUUAUUGGAUCAGAAACAACUAGACCAUUAUAUAUAGGAUCAGGGACAACUGGAACUUUAUCUGGAGGUUCAAGUACAACAAGAACAUCAGAUGGAGCAACAGGGACAACCAGAAAAUCAACUGCAAGAUCAGAAACAACUGGACCCCUUUCUGGAUUGACAGGAACAUCUGGGCAAUUGGCUGGAGUGACUGGGACAUCUUCAAAAUCAGCUGGAGUAACAGUGACAUCUGAAAAAUCAGCUGGAGUUGCAGUGACAACAGGAUCAUUUGUUGAAGGAUCAGUCACAACUGGACCACUUCUUUUAGAAUCAGAGACAACUAGAUCAUCAGGUGGAGUGACAGUGACAUCUGGACAAUCAGCCAGAGUGACUGAAACAGUUGGAGCAUCAGCUGGAGUGAUAGGAACAACUGGACCAUCAACUGAAGGAUCAGGGGCAACUGGACCAUCUGUUGUGGGAUCAGGAACAACUAGACCAUUAGCUGGUGAAUCAGGUACAACUGAAUCAUCAGUUGGAGUGACAGGGACAAGGCCAUCAUCAGGAGGAUCAGGGACAACUGAGUCAUCAUCAAGAGAAUCAGCAACAACUGGACCAUCAGAUGAAGGAUCAGGAACAACUGGACUAUCACCUGGAGUGACAGUGACAUCUGGACAAUCAGCUAGAAAGACUGGGACAACUGGAGCACCAGCUGGAGUUACAGAAACAACAAGAUCAUCUGUUGUCAAAUCAGGGACAACUGGACCAUCUGUUACAGGAACAAGGACAACUGUAACUUCAUCUGGAGAAUCAGGUACAACAAGAUCAUCAGGUGGAGAAACAGAGACAACUGGCCAAUCAGCUGUAAAAUCAGGGACAGCAGAAUCAUUUACUGGGUUGAUAAGAACAUCUAGGCAAUCAGCUGGAAUGACUGGGACAUCUGCACAAUCAGCUGGAGUGGCACUAACAGGUCAUUUUGUUGAAGGAUUAGUGACAACUGGUUCAUCUACUGUAGGGUUAGAGACAACUAGACCUUCAGCUGUAGGAUCAGGAACAACUGGACCUCCUGUUGUAAAAGCACAGACAAUUGGACCAUCAGCUGGAGUAACAGUGACAUCUGGACAAUCAGCUAGAAUGACUGGGGCAACUCGACCAUCAGUAGGAGUGACAGGAACAACUGGACCAGCAAGUAAAGGAUUAGGGACAAUUAGACCAUCUGUUGUAGGAUUAGAGACUACUGAACCAUUAGCUGAAGGAUCAGGGACAACUGGACCACCUAUUGUAGGAGAGACAACUGUACCAUCAGCGAGAGUGAGAGUUACAUCUGGAUAUUCAGAUAGAGUGACUGGGGCAACUGAACCAUUGGCUGGAGUAACAGGAACCACUAAACAAUCUGUUGUAGGAUCAGUGACAACUGGACCAUCAGUUACAGGAGUAGAGACAACUGUAAAAACUUCAUCUGGAGGAUUAAGUACAACCACAUCAUCAGUUGGAGGAACAAGGACCACUGGACAAUCACCUGAAAGAUCAGGGGCAACAGGACCAUUUACUGGAUUGACAGGGACAUCUUCACAAUCAGUUGGGGUGACAAUGACAUCUGUCCAAUCAGCUGGAGUGGUAGUAACAACAGAACUAAAUGUUGAUGGCUCAGGGACAACUGGAAAAUCUCUUGUAGGAUCAGGAACAACUGGAUUAUCAGCUGAAGCUAUAGGGACAACUAGACCAUCAACUGAAGGAUUAGAGAAAACUGGACCAUCUAUUACUGGAUCAGGAACAACCAUACCAUUAGUUACAGAAUCAUGGACAACUGGAACUUCAUCUGGAGGACAGGGUACAACGAGUCUAUUAGUUAGAGGAACAGAGAAAACUGGACAAUCAGUUUCAGGAUCAGCGACAACAGGGCCAGUUACGGGAUUAACGGAAAACUCUGGUCCAUCAGCUGGAGUGACAGUGACACCUAGACAAUCACCUACAGUGACUCAGACAACUGGGUCAUCAGCUGCAAUAUCAGGAACCACUGUACAAUCUCUUACAGUAUCAGGGACAGUUAGACCAUCAUCUGGACAAACAGAAAAAACCAGAUCAUCAGUUGAAGAGUCAGGGACAACUGAACCAUCAGCUGUGAGGUCAGGGACUACUGGACCAACAGCUGGAGUGAAACAUACAAAUGGGCCAUCAUCAGGUGGAGUGACAGGGAUAACUGGGUCAUCACUUGGAGUGACGGGGAUAACUGGAUCAUCUGCAAGAUCAGGGACAAGUAUCCCAUCUGCUGGAAAAACAGGAACAACUAGAACAUCAGUUGAAGAAUCAAGGACAACUGGACCAUCAGCUGGAAUAACAGGUACAAAUGGACUAUCAGCUGGAGUGACAGGGAUAACUGGAUCAUCACCUGGAGUGACAGGGAUAACUGGAUCAUCUGCAAGAUCAGGGACAAGUAUCCCAUCUGCUGGAAAAACAGGAACAACUUCAGCUGAAGUGACAAGGACAACUGAACAAUCAACUGCAGUGACAGGGACAAUUGAAUCACCAGUUGGAGUGACAGGGACAACUGGACUAUCAGCUGAAGCAACAGGGACAACCAGACCAUCAGCUAAGGUGACAGGGACAACUGAACUAUCAGCUGGGGUGACAAGGAUAACUGGACCAUCAGCAGAAGUGACAGGGACAACUGGACCAUUGGCUGGAGUGACAGAGACAACUGAAUUAUCAACAGAAGGGACACGGACAACUGGACUGUCAGCUGGGGUGACAGGGAAAACUGGAUCAUCAGCAGGAGUGACAGGAAUAACUAGACCAUCAGCAGAAGUGACAGGGAAAACUGGGCUAUCAGCUGGAGUGAUGGGGACAACUGGACCAUCAGUUGAAGUGACAGGGACAACUGGAUCAUCAGCUGGAGUGACAGGGACAAUUGGGCCAUCAGCUGGAGUGACAGGGACAAGUGGACUAUCAGCUGCAGUGGCAGGGACAACUGGCCCAUCAGCUGAAGCAACAGGGCUACCUGUAGUAUCAGCUGGGGUGACAGGGACAAUUGGAUCACCAGCUGGAGUGACAGGGACAACUCAGCUAUCAGCUGUGGUGACAGGGAUAACUGGACUAUCAACUGAGGUGACAGGGACAACUGGACUAUCAGCUGGGGUGACAGGGAUACCUGGACUCUCAGCUGGGGUGACAGGGAUAACUGGACCAUCAGCUGGAGUGACAGGGAUAACUAUAGUAUCAGCUGGAGUAACAGGGACAACUGAACUAUCAGCUGAAGUUUCAGGGAUAACUGGACCAUCAGCUGGGGUGACAGGGACAACUGGACUAUCAGCUGAAGUGACGGAGACAACUGAACAAUCUGUUGGAGUGACAGGGACAACUAGAUCGUCAACUGGAGUGACAGGGACAACUGUACUAUCAGCUGAAGUGACAGGAACAACUGGACCAUCAGCUGAGGUGACAGGGACAACCAGACUAUCAGCUAGAGUGACAGGGACAACUGGACAAUCUGUUGGAGUGACAGGGACAAUUAGAUCAUCAAUUGGAGUGACAGGGAUAACUGGACUAUCAACUGGAGUGACAGGGACAAGUGGACUAUCAGCUGGGGUGACAGGGAUAACUGGACUAUCAGCUGGGGUAACGGGGACAACUACAGUGACAGGGACAAUUGGAUCCCCAGUUGGAGUGACAGGGACAACUGGACUAUCAGCUGAAGCAACAGGGACAACCAGACCAUCAGCUGAGGUGACAGGGACAACCAGACUAUCAGCUGGGGUGACAGGGAUAACUGGACUAUCAGCUGGGGUGACAGGGACAACUGGAUCAUUAGCUAGGGUGACAGAGAUAACUGGAUCAUCAACUGGGGUGACAGGGAAAACUGGAUUAUCAGCUGGAGUGACAGGAACAACUACAGUAUCAGCUGGAGUAACAGGGACAACUAGACUAUCAGCUGAAGCAACAGGGAUAACUGGACUAUCAGCUGGGGUGACAGGGACAACUGGACUAUCUGCUGGGGUGACAGAGACAAUUGGACUAUCAACUGGGGUGAUAGAGACAAUUGGAUCAUCAACUGGAGUGACAGGGACAACUGGACAGUCAGCUGGUGUGACAGGAUCAACUGGACAGGCAGCUGAAGUGACAGGGACAACUGGACAAUCUAUUGGAGUCACAGGGACAGCUAGAUCAUCAACUGGAGUGACAGGGAUAACUGGACUAUCAGCUGGACUGACAGGGACAAGUGGACUAUCAGCUGUGGUGACGGGGAUAACUGGACUAUCAGCUGAAGUGACAGGGACAACUGGACUGUCAACUGGGGUGACAGGGAAAACUGGACAGUCAGCUGAAGUGACAGGGACAAUAGGACAAUCUGUUGGAGUAACAGGGACAGCUAGAUCAUCAGCUGGAGUGACAGGGAUAACUGCACUAUCAGCUGGAGUGACAGGGAUAACUGGACUAUCAGCUGGAGUGACAGGGACAAGUGGACUAUCAGUGGGGGUGACAGGGAUAACUGAAUUAUCAGCAGAAGGGACAGGGACAACUGGACUAUCAUCUGAAGAGACAGGGAAAACUGGAUCAUCAGCCGGAGUUACAGGAACAACUGGACCAUCAGCAGAAGUGACAGGAGAAACUGGACUAUCAGUUGGAGUGAUGGGAACAACUGGCCCAUCAGCUGAAGCGACAGGGCUACCUGUAGUAUCAGCUGGUGUGACAGGGAUAAUUGGAUCACCAGCUGGAGUGACAGGGACAACUCGGCUCUCAGCUGUGGUGACAGGUAUAACUGGACUAUCAACUGAGGUGACAGGGACAACUGGACUAUCAGCUGGGCUGACAGGGACAACUGGACUAUCUGCUGGGGUGACAGAGAAAAUUGGACUAUCAACUGGGGUGACAGGCACAAUUGUAUCAUCAGCUGGAGUGACAGGGACAACAAGACUGUCAGCUGGAAUGACAGGGACAACUGGACAGUCAGCUGGUGUGACAGGGUCAACUGGACUAUCAGCUGGGGUGACAGGGACAACUGGACAGUCAGUUGAAGUGACAGGGACAACUGGACAAUCUGUUGGGGUGACAGGGACAGCUAGAUCAUCAGCUGGAGUGACAGGGAAAACUGGACUAUCAGCUGGACUGACAGGGACAAGUGGACUGUCAGCUGUGGUGACAGGGAAAACUGGACUAUCAGCUGAGGUGACAGGGACAACUGGAUUAUCAGCUAGGGUGACAGGGACAACUAGACAGUCAGUUGGUGUGACAAGGUCAACUGGACUAUCAGCUGAGGUGACAGGGAUUACAGGAACAACUGGACAGUCAGCUGAAGUGACAGGGACAACUGGACAAUCUGUUGGAGUGACAGGGGCAACUAGAUCAUCAGUUGGAGUGACAGGGACAAUUGGAUCACCAGCUGGAGUGACAGGGGCAACUAUUUCAUCUGCAAGAUUAGGGACAAGUAUACCAUUAACUGGAAAAACAGUAACAACUAGAACAUCAAUUGAAGAAUCAACGACAACUGGACCAUCAGCUGGAAUAACAGGUACAAAUGGACUAUCAGCUGAAGCGACAGGGACAAAUGAAAUACCAGCUGGGGUGACAGGAACAACUGGACAGUCAGCUGAAGUGACAGGGACAACUGGACAAUCUGUUGGAGUGACAGGGGCAACUAGAUUAUCAACUGGUGUGACAGGGACAAUUGGAUCAUCAGCUGGAGUGACAGGGACAAUUGGAUCACCAGCUGGAGUGACAGGGACAACUCGGCUAUCAGCUGUGGUGACAGGGAUAACUGGACUAUCAGCUGAGGUAACAGAGAUAACUGGACUAUCAACUGGGGUGACAGGGAUAACUGGACCAUCAGCUGGAGUGACAGGGACAACUACAGUAUCAGCCGGAGUAACAGGGACAACUGGACUAUCUGCUGGGGUGAGAGAGACAAUUGGUCUAUCAACUGGGGUGACAGGGACAAUUGGAUCAUCAACUGGAGUGGCAGGGACAACAAGACUAUCAGCUGGAGGGACAGGGACAACUGGACUGUCAGCUGAAGUGACAGGGACAACUGGACAAUCUGUUGAAGUGACAGGGACAGCUGGAUCAUCAGCUGGAGUGACAGGGAUAACUGGAUUAUCAGCUGGACUGACAGGGACAAGUGGACUAUCAGCUGUGGUGACAGGGAUAACUGGACUAUCGGCUGGGGUGACAGAGAUAACUGGACCAUCAGCUGGAGUGACAGGGUCAACUACAGUAUCAGCUGGAGUGACAGGGACAACUGGACUAUCAGCUGGAGUGACAGGGACAACUGGACCAUCAGCUGGAGUGACGGGGACAAGUGGACUAUCAGCUGGAGUGAUGGGGACCACUGGACUAUCAGUUGGAGUGACAGGGAAAACUGGACUAUCAGCUGGAGUGACAGGGACAGCUGGACCAUCAGUUGGAGUGACAGGAAUAACUGCACUAUCAGCUGGAGUGACAGGGACAAGUGGACUAUCAGCUGGAGUGACAGGGAAAACAGGGCUAUCAGCUGGAGUGACAGGGACAACUGGGCCGUCAGCUGAAGCAACAGGGAAAACUGGACUAUCGGCUGGAGUGACAGGGAUCACUGGACCAUUUGCUGAAGUGACAGGGACAACUGGACUAUCAGGUGGGGUGACAGGGACAACUGGUUCAUCAGCCAGGGUGACAGGGACAACUGGAUUAUCUGCAAAAUCUGGGACAAGUAUACCAUCAGCUGGAAAAACAGGAACAACCAGAACAUCAGUUGAAGAAUCAAGGACAACUAGACCAUCAGCUAGAAUAACAGCAUCCGCUGGAAUAACAGGUACAAAUGGACUAUCAGGUCAAGUGACAGGGACAACUGGACUAUCAGUUGGCACAACCACUGUAACAGGAAGAACAGGAGAGCCAGGAAGUGAGGUUACAGUCCCUGAAGGAACAACCAGAACAUCAGUUGAAGAAUCAAGGACAACUAGACCAUCAGCUAGAAUAACAGGUACAAGUGGACUAUCAUCUGAAGUGACAGGGACAACUGGACUAUCAGCUGGAGUGACAGGGACAACUGGACUAUCAGCUGGAGUGACGGGGACUACUGGACCAUCAGCUGGAGUGACGGGGACAACUGGACUUUCAGUUGGGGUGACAGGGACUACCAGAUCAUUAGCUGGGGUGACAGGGACAACUGGAUCAUCUGCAAAAUCUGGAACAAGUAUACCAUCAGCUGGAAAAACAGGAACAACCAGAACAUCAGUUGAAGAAUCAAGGACAACUAGACCAUCAGCUGGAAUAACAGGUACAAAUGGACUAUCAGCUGAAGUGACAGGGUCAACUGGACCAUCAGCUGGAGUGACGGGGACAACUGGACCAUCAGCUGGAGUGACGGUGAGAACUGGACUAUCAGCUGGAGUGACAGGGACCACUGGACCAUCAGCUGGAGUGACGGGGACAACUGGACUAUCAGCUGGGGGUGAAAGCAUAGCUUCCACAUCAGUUGCCACGGGAGCCAUCCCUGGGUCAACAAUUGCACCAGGAAGUACCACUACUGGUACCACUGGGGUAACCACUGGCACAACUCUUGCCCCUAAAAGUUCUAACACAGGUGAGAACAAGCUAAGUGGAAUUUUCCCAUUGGAACUUCUUUCAAGGAGCUAUCUCUCAGAGGCUACAACUGCUACAGGGACUCCUGAAGCAGGACAGUCAGGAGGCACCCCUAUCAUUUCUUCUGAAGUCAGUACCAUUUCAGAAGUUUCCAACACAGGUAUCACUGGAGUGGGCUCUGAGACAUCUGUUGAAACAGGAAUUUCCAACACAGCUACGACUGGGGUGGCUCCUGGCACAACCCUUGCCCCUGGCAGUUCCAGGACAGAAGUCACAACUUCCAUAGGAGGAAGUACAUCAACAAGAGGUGGAAUAGCCACAGAAGCCACAGGUUCCUCAAGAGGGGUCAGGACCACUGGAUCAGAAGCUCCAGGAGGUACUUCUGGAGAAUUCUCUGGGACAACCAUUUCAUCUGGAGGCUUCCACACAGAAGCCACAACUCUCACAGGAGGUAGGGGCAGUACUGGAACUGAAUCCAGAGCAGAGUCCACAACUUCCCUACAAGAAAGUGCAAAAACAAGAGGUGGAAUAGCGACAGAGGACACAAGUUCCACAGGAGGGGUCAGAGCCACUGGAACAGAAGCUCCAGGAGGUACCUCUGGUAAAUUCUCCGGGACAACCAUUUCAUCUGGAGGUUCCCACACAGAGGCCACAACUCUCGCAGGUAGCAGGGGCAACACUGAAAGUGAAUUCAGAACAGCCACCACUGGGGUAGUUCCUGCCACAACUGUUGCCCCUGGCCGUUCCAAGACAGAGGCCACCACUUUCCUAGGAGUAAGUGGAACAACAAGCGUUGGAAGAGCCACGGGGGCCACAACUUCCAUGGUAGGGGGUGACACCAGCCAAGCAGAACGUCCAGGAGAUACUUCUGGUGAAUUCCCAGGAACAACCAUUACAUCUGGAGAUUCCCACACAGAGACCACAGCUGUGACAGGAAGCAGGGGCAGUAUUGGAACUGAAUCCAUAGCAGAGACCACAACAUACAUUAGAGGAAGUGGGACCACAAGAAGUGGAUUAGCCACAGCUACCACUGGGGCAUUCUCUGGAAAGACUCUGGAACCUGGGAAUGACAACACAGAGGCCACAAGUUCCACAGGAGGGGUCAGGGCCACCGAAUCAGAAGCUCCAGGAGGUACCUCUGGUGAAUUCCCAGGGACAACAUUUACAUCUGGAGGUUCCCACACAGAGGCCACAACUUUCACAGGAGGCAGGGGCAGUACAGGAACUGAAUCCAGAGCAGCCACCACCAGGGCAGCUCCUGGCACAACUCUUGCCCCUGGCAGUUCCAACACGGGGGCCACAGCUUCCCUAGGUGGAAGUGCAACGACAAGAGGUAGAAUAACCACCGCUACCACUGGGGCAUUCUCUGGAAAGACUCUGGAGCCUGGGAACGACAACACAGAGGCCACAAGUUCCACAGGAGUGGUCAGAGCCACUGGGUCAGAAGCUCCAGGAGGUACCUCUGGUGAAUUCCCUGGGACAACAAUUACAUCUGGAGGUUCCCACACAGCCACCGCUAGGGCAGCUCCUGGCACAACUCUUGCCCCUGGCAGUUCCAACACGGGGGCCACAGCUUCUCUAGGUGGAAGUACCAAAACAAGAGGUAGAAUAACCACCGCUACCACUGGGGCAUUCUCUGGAAAGACUCUGGAGCCCGGGAAUGACAACACAGAGGCCACAAGUUCCACCAGAGGGGUCAGGACCACCAGAUCAGAAGCUCCAGGAAAGGCCACAACUCUCACAGGAGACAGGAGCAGUACCAGAAGUGAAUCCAAAACAGCCACCACUGGGGUAGUUCCUGCCACAACUGUUGCCCCUGGCCAUUCCAAGACAGAGGCCACCACUUUCCUAGGAGUAAGUGGAACAACAAGCGUUGGAAGAGCCACAGGCGCCACAACUUCCAUAGUAGGGGGUGACACCAGCCAAGCAGAACGUCCAGGAGGUACAACUGUGGUUUCAGCUCGAGUCAGCAGCAGUUCACAGAGCUCCAGACCAGGUACCUCUGUCACACCAGAGAGCUCAGCAUCUGAAAGUGAAACAGUUACUACAGAAGAAUUCUCUGGGACAACUGCUAUAUCUAGAACGUCCCACACUGGCACCACGGCAGCCUCAGGAGGCCAAGCAACUGGGAGCCUGACCACCACCACUGGGGUAGCUCCUGGCACAACUGUUGCACCUGGCAGUUCCAACACAGAGGCCACAACUUCUGUAGGAGAAAGAGAAACAACAAAAGCUGAAAUAAUCACAGGUACCACUGGAAAAUUAUCUGGAACAACCAUUAUAUCUGAAACUUCCACCACAGCAGGCAUCACUGCAGCAACAGGGAAGCAAGCAGGUAUCUCAGCGGUAGCUCCUGCCACAACAGUUGCCCCUGGAAGUUUCAGCACAGCAGUGACAGCUUCUCCUGAAGCAACAGGAGUGACUGGCGUUACAACUGCAAAGACCACAACUUCCCUAGGAGGAAGGGACAGCCCUGGAGCAGAAAUAAAAUCAGCCACCACUGGAGCACCAGGAAGUAGGACAGGCACAGCUGGAGUGCUCUCUGCUACAACAGUCUCCCCUGGGAGCUCCAACUCAGAGGCCACAACUUCUGUAGGAGAAAGUGGAAAAACAGGAGCUGAAAUAAUCACAGAGGCCACCACUUCCACAGAAGAGACUGGUACUUCUGGAACUGGAUUCAAAACUGGUAUCUCAGCGGUAGCCCCUGCCACAACAGUUGCCCGUGGAAGUUUCAGCACAGCAGCCACAACUUCUCCUGGAGCAAGUGGAAUGACUGGGGUUACAACAACUGCAAAGACCACAACUUCCCUAGGAGGAAGUAGCACCACUGGAGCAGAAAUAAAAUUAUUAAGAACCACCACUACAGCACCAGAAAGUAGGAGAGCUGGAGUGUCCUCUGGUAUAAUAGUCACCUCUGGGAGCUCCAACUCAGAGGCCACAACUUCUUUGGGAAAAAGUGGAAUAACAAGAGCUGAAAUAAUCACAGAGGCCACAACUUUCUCAGGAGGUAGCGGGGUCACCCGAGCAGGAUUACCCAGAGGUACCACUGGAGAAUUGUCUGGAAAGACAAUUAUAUCUGGAAGUUUUAACACAAAGGCCACCACUUCCACAGAAGGGACAGGUACUUCUGGAACUGAAUUCAAAACUGCAGGCAUCACUUCUGUCUCAGGGAAACAAGCAGGCACCUCUGGGGUAUCUCUUGCCACAACAGUUGCCCCUGGAAGUUUCAGCACAGUGGCCACAACUUCUUCUGGAGCAAGUGGAAUAACAGGGGCUGGCCCCACCUCAGAGACCACAGCUUCCCUAGGAGGAAGUGGUACCACCGGAGCAGGAAUAAAAUCAGCUGCAGGUUCCUCUGGUACAACAGUUGCCCCUGGGAGCUCCAACUCAGAAGCUACAACUUCUAUAGGAGAAAAUGGAAAAACAAGUGGGGAAAUAAUCACAGGUACUACUGAGGGCACCUCUGGCAAAGUUCUGGAACCUGGAAGUGCUCACACAGAGGCCACAACUUUCCCAGGAGGCAGUGGGACCACCCGAGCAGGACCACCAGGAGGUACCACUGGAGAAUUGUCUGGAACGACCAUUAUAUCUGGAAGUUCUAACACAGAGGCCACAACUUCCACAAAAGGGACUGGUACUUCUGGAACUGGCUUCAAAACUGGUACCUCUGCGGUGGCACCUGGCACAACAGUUGCCCCUGGAAGUUUCAGCACAGCCACAAUUUCUCCUGGAGCAAGUAGAACCACUGGGGCUGGACCCGCUGAAGAAACCACAACUUCCCUAGGAGGAGGUGGCACCACUGGAGCAGAAAUAAAAUCAGGAGCCACCUCCGGAGCACCAGGAAGUAAGACAGGCACAGCUGGAGUGCCCUCUGUGACAACAGUUGCCCCUGGAAGCUCUAACUCAGAGGCCAUGACUGCUUUAAGAGAAAGUGGAAAAACAAGAGCUGAAAUAACCACAGGUACUACUGAGGGCAAAACUCUGGCAGCUGGAAGUACCCACACAGAGGCCACAACUUUCUCAGGAGGCAGCGGAACCACCCGAGCAGGACCAUCAGGAGGCACUUCUGGCACAUCAGAAGGAUAUGUCCCUGGAAGGGAAACAGAGCCCACAACUUCCAUUGAAGAGACUGGUCCUUCCAGAACUGUAUUCAAAACUGUAGGCAUCACUUCGGUCCCAGGGAGGCAAGCAGGCACCUCUGUGGUGGCGCCUGGCACAACAGUUGCCCCUGGAAGUUUCAGCACAGCAGCCACAACUUCUCCUGGAGCAAGUGGAAUGACUGGGGUUAGAACCACUUUGAAGACUACAACUUCCCUAGGUGGAAUUGGCACCACUAGAACCGAAAUAAAAUCAGGAGCCACCACUGGAGCACCAGGAAGUAAGACAGGUAUCACGGGAGAAUCUUCUAGAAUGACCAUUAUAUCUGGAAGUUCUAAUGCCACAACUUCCAUUGAAGAGACUGGUACUUCUGGAACUGGAUUCAAAACCGCAGGCAUCACUGCAGCACCAGGAAAGCAAGCAGGCACCUCUGGGGUGGCACCUGGCACAACAGUUGCUCCUGGAAGUUUCAGCACAGCAGCUACAACUUCUCCUGGAGCAAGCAGAGUGACUGGCACUGGACCCACUGCAGAGACCACAAUUUUCCUAGGAGGAAGUAGCACCACUGGAGCAGAAAUAAAAUCAGGAGCCACCACCAGAGCACCAGGAAGUAAGACAGGCACAGCUGGAGUGCCCUCUGGGACAACAGUCACCCCUGGGAGCUCCAACUCAGAGGCUACAACUUUCUCUAGAAUCACUGAAGCAGUAACAGUCUCAGGAUCCAUGACCACUGCACUGGGGAGCCAACUCUCCAGCAGUCAAACAGUGAUUCCAGGUUCCAGUGGCAUCAUCUCUCACACAACUGUUGCACCUGGAAGUUCUGUUAUAGGAACCACCUCUGAUGCAUCAGACAAUCAAGUCACUGGAAGUAAAACAGGCACUACUGGUGUGGCCUUGAGCACAGCUGUUGCACCUGGAAGUUCCAGUACAGAAGCCACAACUUCCACAGGAGUCCAUAGAACCACUGUAGUGGGAUGGAAGACAGGUGAGAAUUAAUGAGCUACCACUAGAGGGUCAGCAAACCAAGGAACUGGAAGCACAAUAGAAGCUAUGACGUCCUUUAGAGGCACUGAGACCACAGGAAGUGGAAUGAAUACAGAUACUACUGCAGUGGUCUCUGGCAACACCAUCUCACCUAGCAGUUUCAACACAGAAGCUACCAGUGGCACAUCUAAGAGGUCAAACCCUGGAAGUGAAAUAGGUACCACUGGUAUAGUCUCUGGCACAACAGUUGCAUCUGGAAGUUCCAACACAGAAGCCACAACUUCUUUGGGCAAUGGUGGAACCACUGAGGCUGGAAGUAAAAUAGUUACCACUGGGAUAACUACUGGCACAACCAUUGUAUCUGGGAGUUCCAACACAAAGGCUACGACUUCUACAGGCAUUGGAGUUGCCACUGGAGUUGGAAUGGCAACUGGGAUCACCAACAUAAUUUCAGGGAGAAGCCAACCUACUGAAAGUAAAACAGGCUACACAGUGACAGGCUCUGGGACAACAACCUUACCUGGAGGUUUCAGAACAGGCAAUACCCCAGGAUCAACAGGAGUCACCAGCAGCCAAGAAGGCACCACUGUAAUAUCAAGUGGAAUCACUGGAAUCUCAGAAACUUCCAUCACAGGUCCUUCCAAGGAAGCAUCUAACGAAACCACUGCUCCUGGACCUCCUACCACAGUCACUGCUUCCACAGGAGUCAAAAUAACUUCUGGAACUGGAGUGCAAACAGGCUCCACCUUGGUUCCAGCUGGAGUGCCAACAAGACCACAAGUACGCCAGUCAGAAACCACUGUCGUGGCAACCAGAGAAGUAGAAACUGAAAAUAAAACAGAAUGUCUAGCCUCACUUCCACCUGCUCCAGUUUGUCACGGUCCACUGGGAGAAGAGAAAUCUCCUGGAGACAUAUGGACUGCCAAUUGCCACAGAUGUACCUGUACUGAUGCAAAGACUAUAGACUGUAAACCUGAGGAGUGCCCUUCUCCACCCACAUGCAAAACCGGUGAAAAGCUUGUGAAGUUCCAAUAUAAUGACACCUGCUGUGAAAUUGGAUACUGUGAACCAAGAACAUGUUUGUUUAACAAUACUGACUAUGAGAUUGGUGCUUCAUUCGAUGACCCCAGCAACCCCUGUGUCUCCUAUUCCUGCAAAGACACUGGCUUUGCUGCAGUAGUCCAGGACUGCCCAGAGCAGACCUGGUGUGCAGAAGUAAACAGAAUCUAUGAUUCCAAAAAAUGUUGCUAUACAUGUAAGAAUAAUUGCAGAUCUUCCCUUGUGAAUGUGACUGUUACCUACAGUGGUUGCAAGAAAAGAGUUCAGAUGGCAAAAUGCGCAGGGGAAUGUGAAAAGACUGUCAAGUACAAUUAUGAUACCUUACUCUUGGAACAUUCAUGCCUUUGCUGCCGAGAAGAAAACUAUGAACUCAGAGACAUUGUACUUGACUGUCCUGAUGGGAGUACAAUCCCUUACCAAUACAGGCAUAUCACAACCUGCUCUUGUUUAGACAUAUGCCAACCAUAUACGACUUUCACGUACAGUUAA